AUGCAGCUGCUUUGCAAGGAAGCCCCUCAUAUAAUCAGUCCCUUAAAAAUGCAGGGUCUAAAUUUAAGAGAGGCUCCCUAUCCCUUAAAACAGAAGAGGAGCCUGGGGAUCGACCCUUCAUAUCAGCCAUCAAAAGUUGCUAAGCGCAAGAAUUGCUGCUCAGGAACAGCAGAUGGAAGCAACCAUCAGCCUGACUUGGACCCAGUGCAGAAGAAAGCCACUUCACAUGCGAAGGAACAAGGCCAAGGGGAUGAGGAACUGCUUAAUGAAGGUAAUCAGAUACAUAUUAUACAGUGGGCACUAGCCAGCUACCAUAAUUCCCUUCAGAAUAAUACCCAGGACGGUAGAAAGGCUGUUCACCAGGAGUCUACAUUGCUUGAAAAUAUGAAUGUAGCCACUGAGCCAUUUAGAGCCAUGUCAGCCUCUAGUGGCAGUGUAACUUUAACUCCUCAAGAAAUACCUGCAUCGAGCCCAGGACAAAGCUCACCAUCAACUGCAAUGGCGAAGCCCGAUAAAGUCACUUCAGGUAAGCUUGGAGGCGAAAGAUUUUUACUCCAGACAGAAGAGGUGCAAAGGGCACCAGAGAUUGCAAAUGCAUCCAGCUCACCCGCCUCAGAGGCUGCCUUCAAGGAACUAAUCCUUUCACUUAUCAAGACCAUCUACAAGCUCUGUAAUUGUGUGGGCAGGCCCCCGGAGGCCGCCUGUCGGAGCAUCCUACAGUCGCUGCAGGAGGGCCGUUCAGAUAGCAGUGAGUGGUCGGAUGGCGCAAUGUGGAUGCGAAUGCUCAGCAUAGGAUCAUCCCAGCAAAAUAAAGUUACUGUUUCCAACAUGCUAAUCCAUAUUGGGGUCUGGGAAUGGUUCUAUCACCAGGUCAAAGAAAAAAGUUUGUGGCGUCGGGGGAAUGGAUCAAUGGGUGAAAAAAUGGCAAAGACACAAUUCAGCAGAGUUGGAACGGUGACGCUAGAGGAGAAUGCUUCCGCUAUUCUUCCAAAAGAUAGCCCACCCAGCAUGACCGCGAUGGCGAAGUGCCAGCAGAGGCGCUGCAUCAGGACCCUGCUUCAUGGGGGAGAGCAGUUAAGCACGAAGCUCGUUAAACAGCGUGGAAGGGGAAUUCUGCUCCACCCUAAAUUUGCUAAGGGUGCUCGGCUCUCGAUAUUCCGCUUCUUUUGA